GUCCAGCGCGUGGCGCGCAAGGGAGGCGGCCGCCGGGACGUCGGCCUCGUCGUGUGGCUGCGGACGCUGCGGACGUCCACCACCCUCAGCAGGGUGGUCUUGGCGGCGGCGGCGCUGCUGCUCCUCGCCCUCCUCGCCGUCCUGGUGGCCAGCAUCGCCAGCUACUCCUGCACCGGUGACGCUGCCCACACCUGUCUUUCGGAAGAGUGCGUCCGGACAGCCGCGUCCCUGCUCUCCGCCAUGGACCGCACGGCGUCGCCCUGCCAGGACUUCUUCCAGUACGCGUGCGGCGCCUGGAACAAACGCCACAUGAUCCCCGAGGACAGGUCCUCCAUCAGCACGUUCGAGGUCCUCGCCGAGCAGCUCAACCACAUCCUGAAAGGCAUUCUCGACGAGGACGUCAACGAGAACGACUCCAACGCCACGAGGAAGGCCAAGAUCUUCUACAAGUCUUGCAUGGACCUGAACAUGAUCCGCAGGGUGGGCGACACCCCCCUCAAGGACGUGCUCCGCGCGCUGGGCGACUGGCCCGUCACCACGCCGGGCUGGCGCGCGCCGGACUACCCGCUGGAAGUGCUGCUGGGCCGCCUGCGCGAGCUGAGCGAGGGCGUGCUGUUCCAGCAGUGGGUCGGCCCGGACGACAAGAACUCCUCCGUCAACAUCCUCCAGCUGGACCAGCUGCAGCUGGCGCUGCCCUCGCGCGACUACUACAUCAAGUCGCCCACCGAGACGGAGCUCAAGGCGUACCACCGCUACAUGACGGAGGUGGCCAUCCUGAUGGGGGCGGACAAGGCCUCGGCCGCCUCGGACAUGACGGACGUCAUCAACUUCGAGAAGAAGCUGGCCGAGGCCUCGCUGCCCGAGGCGGACCGCCACGACACGUCCGUCAACUACCAGCAGCUGCCGCUGUGGCGCCUGCAGCAGGACGUGCCCGAGCUGGACUGGCAGCUGUUCCUCAAGACGGUGCUCAAGACCAACAUCUCCAUGGACGAGCCCGUCGUCUGCUACGGCCUGCCCUACUUCCGCGCCAUGGGCAAGAUCCUCGUCAAGACGGACCGGAGGGUGGUGCACAACUACGUGCUCUGGCGGCUGCUCAUGACCGUCAUCCCGCACAUGAUCGACGAGUACCAGCAGAAGCGCGUCGAGUUCCGGCGCGUGCUGCACGGCAUCCUGUCGGAGCGCUCGCGCUGGGCGCAGUGCGUGGAGCUGACCAACAAGAAGCUGGGCAUGGCCGUGGGCGCGCUCUUCAUCCGCGAGAACUUCAACCACGAGAGCAAGGAGACGGCGCUCGAGAUGAUCCACAACAUCCGCGGCGCCUUCAACGAGCUGCUGGCCGAGAACGUGUGGAUGGACGACGAGACGCGCGCCGUGGCCAGGGAGAAGGCCAACGCCAUGAACGAGCGAAUCGGCUACCCGGACAUGCUGACCAACCCCGAGGAGCUCAACCUGGAGUACAAAAUGCUCAAUGUGUCGGCCGGGCAGUUCCUCGUCAACAUCCUGAACGUGCUGCGGUACGAGGCGCACCACAACCUGCAGAACCUGCGGCAGCCCGUCAACAGGGACAAGUGGUCCACGGAGCCCGUCGUGGUCAACGCCUUCUACAACCCCAACAAGAACGACAUCAUGUUCCCCGCUGGAAUCCUGCAGCCUCUGUUCUACUCCAAGCACUUCCCCAAGUCCCUCAACUACGGUGGCAUCGGGGUCGUCAUCGGCCAUGAGAUCACCCACGGCUUCGACGACAAGGGGCGGCAGUUCGACAAAGACGGCAACAUGAUGCAGUGGUGGAACAACGCGACGGUGCGGGCGUUCCGGGACCGCGCGCAGUGCAUCGUGGAGCAGUACAGCCGCUACAAGCUGCCCAACAUCACGUCGUACAUCAACGGCCGCAUGACGCAGGGCGAGAACAUCGCCGACAACGGCGGCCUCAAGCAGUCGUUCCGGGCGUACCGGAAGUGGGUCGCCAAGCACGGCGAGGAGCCGCGGCUGCCGGGCAUCAACCUGACGCACAACCAGCUCUUCUUCCUCAACUACGCCCAGAUCUGGUGCGGCUCCAUGCGGCCCGAGGACGCCCUCAGCAAGGUGCGCUCCUCCGUGCACCCGCCCGGCCCCAUCCGCGUGCUGGGCCCGCUCUCCAACUCGGACGACUUCGCGGAGGCCUUCGCCUGCCCGCUGGGCUCCCCGAUGAACCCGUCGGACAAGUGCUCCGUGUGGUGAGGCCGCGGGCCGCGGGCAAGGCCGAGGGCAAGGCCGAGGGCCGCGAGCCCCGGGGGAAGUCCAAAGUCUGAACAUUGGCGGCGGGAAAAUUCGAGAAUGAUGGAGACACAUCCGCGUCUGGUGUUCCGCAGGCACGAUUUUGACACAACUACCGACUUGGGAUGAGGAAGGAACCUGCAUACACACACACCUGCACAUCACACAUACCCUCAGAAGCUUUUAACUAGCCAGGGGAAGGCCUUCGGCCUCGAUGCUGAGCUGGAUUCUGGUGGAGAUGGAAAUGCAUUUUCAU